GAACCCGCCUGGCCCUUUAAGGCUGACCUAGCGGGGCCCCAAGUCCGCAUGACGUGCCGGGAAGGGGGGUGGGGGUCACGUGGGCCGCGGGCGGCGAGACUUGGGCCCUGGGCGCCCCUCGGCUACCGGCUCCUCGGAUCACUAUUCCUCGCCCGGCUCGCCUGCAGCAUGGCUUCCGUCUAGUGCAGUGCCACCGAGUGCGCCUUCGCCAGGUGCCUCUGGACGCACCAGGCUGGGGCUACCUCCGAGCGCCCCGUGGGGGCCAUGGAUGGCGAGACAGCAGAGGAGAAGGGGAGUCUUGAGCCCCCGCCAGGUGCACUCGAUGGGCCCACCUUGGGUGGUGCUCAGGCCCUAGGUGUGCGACGAGAGCCUAAGAAGUAUGCGGUGACUGAUGACUACCAGUUAUCCAAGCAGGUGCUGGGCCUGGGCGUGAACGGCAAGGUGCUGGAGUGCUACAAUCGGCGCACCGGGCAGAAGUGCGCCUUGAAGCUCCUGUACGACAGCCCCAAGGCCCGGCAGGAGGUGGAGCACCACUGGCAGGCCUCAGGCGGCCCCCACAUCGUACGCAUCCUGGAUGUGUAUGAGAACAUGCAUCAUGGCAAGCGCUGCCUCCUCAUCGUCAUGGAAUGCAUGGAAGGUGGUGAGCUGUUCAGCAGGAUCCAGGAACGUGGUGACCAGGCUUUCACUGAGAGAGAGGCUGCAGAGAUAAUGCGGGACAUUGGCACUGCCAUCCAGUUCUUGCACAGCCAGAACAUCGCCCACCGGGAUGUCAAGCCUGAAAACCUACUCUAUACAUCCAAGGAGAAAGAUGCUGUGCUUAAGCUCACCGAUUUUGGCUUUGCCAAGGAAACCACCCAAAAUGCCCUGCAAACACCCUGUUACACCCCCUAUUAUGUGGCUCCUGAGGUCCUGGGUCCAGAGAAGUAUGACAAGUCAUGUGACAUGUGGUCCCUGGGAGUCAUCAUGUACAUCCUUUUGUGUGGAUUCCCACCCUUCUACUCCAACACUGGCCAGGCCAUCUCUCCAGGCAUGAAGAGAAGGAUUCGCUUGGGUCAAUAUGGCUUCCCCAAGCCUGAGUGGUCAGAGGUCUCUGAGGAUGCCAAGCAGCUAAUCCGCCUGCUCCUGAAGACAAACCCCACAGAGAGGUUGACCAUCAUGCAGUUUAUGAACCAUCCUUGGAUCAAUCGAUCAAUGGUGGUCCCACAGACCCCACUCCACACAGCCCGAGUGCUACAGGAAGACAAGGACCACUGGGAUGAAGUCAAGGAGGAGAUGACUAGUGCCCUGGCCACCAUGCGGGUGGACUACGACCAGGUGAAGAUCAAGGACCUGAAGACCUCUAACAAUCGGCUCCUCAACAAGCGGAGGAAGAAGCAGGCUGGCAGCGCCUCAGCCUCACAAGGGUGCAACAACCAGUAGCUCGUGGGGGAGCCAGAGGGACAGACUGCCGUGCUCUGAGGCUCUGGCCAGGAGGGGCCGGGGUCAUUCUUAUAACAAAAGCAUCAUUUUCUUGUCUUGAUGUGUCAUGUUGAACUUGAGGCUCAAGAACUUGACCCAAGAGUCCAGCCUACGUUCAGGCCCUGGAAAGCUGCUGGGCUCCGGGAAAGCUUCCUUGGCCAGUGUGGCUUGAGAGGCCACAGCUCUGCUCCGCUUUAGGACUUGGCCUUGCUUCUAGGCCGCUGGGAGUUGUGGAGGACCUACCCUUUUCCUCCUGCUGUGUGGGCAGAUGGGUCUGGCCUUGAGAAAGGUAUCUGGCCAUUGGUUGCUAUGGUGACCAGAGGCCAUGUUGCUGUCUAUGAAUACUGAACAAAGGAAAAAGGAGGGACAGUCAAGGGCCUACCUUCUUGGGGAGAUUUGUCUCCCUCACACUGGCGGUCCCUCCCCAGCAUCCCUUCUCUUUGGUGUGCCAGAGGCUGCAUAGUCCAGCAGGCUUACUUCCCCGGGUGGUCCAGCCCUGCCUUACCGUAGCACAGCCCACAUAUCAGUCCUCGAGAGUCCCCGAGGCCAAGCAUCCUGUUACUACCCCCUAUCCAAAAGGUAACUUCUCAUCUCAAUUGCAGGUGUGGGUAUGUGUGUUGGGGGUGGGCAUCCUUAACCCUUUUCCAUUUUGAAAGCAUCACUAUGACAAAAGUCCUGUCUCUUCCUGCUCAGCAGAUCUCAGGUAGAAAAGUCCCUCUCUGCUGAUAGCAAGGGCUGCUCUGAGGGUACUUUUGUGAAAGGGAGUUCUUGGCUCCGUUUUCUACUCUAGAUCAGACCUGAGGUGGUGAUGGGCUGCUGAGCCGUGCUUUGGAGGUCCGGUCCUGGCUUUAGCAUGAGUUGGAGCAGAGAGGGGUCUUUCUUGGCUGACCCCACCCUUAGCCAGCUCUGCCCUGCCACGCCCAGGGUAUCCCACCCUUAGCCAGCUCUGCCCUGCCACGCCCAGGGUAUCCUCCAGGUGCUGAGAAGAUGACCUGACAAGUGCCUGGCACCUAGCCUUGUUCCUAGAUCCUGGCCUUUCUUAGUGGCUGGGAAACCUUAGAUCAUGUCAGCUAGAACGGUACUGCUGGAUUUUAUAUCCAGAUAUUAAUAAACAUCUUUUUAACAUUU